GAGUUUAAAUUGUAUCGUGCAAGUCACGUUGAAUCAACAUAUCCCUGCCCUUAUUUCAAAUGGUGUCGCGGCAGCUGGACUGGUUUCUGUAUGAUCAACGUACACAAACAGGGUGAAGGCUGGGAUUGAUAUGGAAAUUGCCGGUGGUAUCUUGACUGGCAUGGCCACAAAGGCCACGAUGUUUGCUGUAUGUGCCGAUGCAUUGUUCUACAAGGAAUUUCAACACAUCAAUACAGGAAUCCAUGAAACGCGUCAACGGGUGCCAUACCUUCUUGCAAAUCAAGGCUGUCGUGUUAUUUCGCUUGUUCCUGUUCAAUCGCCGCUCAGGGUGGUCCAACUCAGGUGCUUCGGCGACUAUGCAGCCAAUUGGGGUGCACUUUUCCAUCUGUCGUCAUGAGGCCCGAUGCUCGACGAAUACUUCGCUCCCAAUUAAUGCAUGCUGGCGUCUAGUUCUGCGACAUUUCUGGCUUCUCCUUCCUAGCUACUACCCGUCGUCAUCGUCACGGGGUAACCACGGAACAGGAUACAGGGUAGUGUUUAUAGGCGCCAUGACAGAUACCUUCAUACGCUACCCCAGAAAGCUUCUGCCUCUAUCUGACUCUUAUUCCAUAGUGGUCCAUAUGGUUUUCAUAUUAAUAUCCACAGCCCACGUCAAACAGCGGAAAUGACAUCGCACAAUACCACCGGAAUUCGUUGCAUAAAUGUGCUUUCAUGCUAUAGCAGAUCGGUCUGAUAGGCCAGGUAUGUUUACCGCUUUGAACGGACUGGCAUGGCAUGGCCUUGUGAUCAUCUGGGUUUCUGCGUUUGCCAAUUGCGGCUCGGCCUUCUGGCAUAAAGUAUAUAACCCCAAGAAUAGAGUCCUCUCAUUAACUAGUGAUUGAU